AUGACAUUGAUGUUAGUUUCAUAGUUGGAUUCCGAUGGGAGCUGAAGUGGUAUUAGUGGCAAUUGAUGCAAGUAAAGAGUUGACAGACUAUGCCCUAGAAUGGGCAACGCAGAAUGUGAUCAAACCCAUGGAUUCCUUAAUUCUACUUGCCCUUCUUCCUGCUUGUCCACAUCCUUUUGCUUCUGGGAAUUGGACCAAUCAGGCUAGGUUUCAGCAGUUUGUAACUCGCCUGGUAAAGAAAUGGGGUCUAUAUCACAACAGGGAAGAUUCUUCCAGUCAGACCAACCUCAUCAAUGGAGUUGAUCAUGAAUGGUCUAAUAGAAUGAAUGAGACCUGUGAGAAGAUGAUAAAGCAAAUAUGUUUGAAAAACAGAGUUAAACAGGCAUUCCAGGUGAAAAUGCAAGCAAAGGUUGUUUCCAAUGCGCUGAUGGGCUCAGUAGCUACAGAAGCUAAAGAACUCAAAGCAUCAUGGGUAGUUCUUGAUUGGCACUUGAGGAAGGAAAGUGGUUGCUGCUUGAAACAACUGAAUUGCAACAUCAUUCUCAUGGAUCACGCUACCCCAAAAAUCCUAAGAUCAAUUAACUUUCAAUUGUCCAAAAGCAUUGACAUGCAUGAACUUCAGAAUGAUCCCAUGAUAGCCUACAGGUUGGGUGUUGCUCCUGCUUAUACUCUCAAUAACAAAGGUACGGAAUAUGGAAAUUUUCACGGAGUCCCCACUUCCAGCACUGAAUGUGAUCCUGCAAAGACUUUUUCUCAUCAGCACUUGCAGUUAAUGAACCAUGAAGUUGUAUCUCAAGCCACAUAUUGUUCUACUCCUUGUAUUAAAUCACAACCACUGAAUAAGGUAUCUUUGUUCAAUCCUGAUGGAAUGCCUUUUAAGUCCUUACCCAGCUUCAUGAGGGGAAGAAGAAGUUACACUGGUCUGUUAAAUACUGAGAGUGCUAACAACCAAGGGGAAAGUGUUCAAGUGCCAGCAAGAGAUCCUUUACCAAGUAGAAAGUCAACAGAAUCACCACGUUUAUGGCAUAAUUUUGGGAGACUGACUCAGCAAAAGAAACUUUUGAUUAGUAGAAGAGGCUCCAUGGAUGAGAGUGAAAAUUACACAACUGUGACACUCUCUGCUCCAGCAAUCAGUAGAACAUCAAGCAUAAGAAAAGCUAUGUCUCUAUCCAUCAGAAAGCCUGAAAAUCCUCCACCACUUUGUUCUGUGUGUAAGCACAAUGCUCCCAUCUUUCACAAGUCCCCAAAGCAGUUCAGUUACCAAGAGAUUGAAAGAGCAACAGAUGGAUUCUCGAUUGAAAAUUUCUUGGCUGAGGGAGGACAUGGUCCUGUAUACAGAGGUGUCUUGCCCGAUGGGCAGGUUGUUGCAGUUAAACAUCAUGGGCUGGCAAGUGCACAUGGAGCAUCAGAAUUUUCAUCAAAGGUUGAAGCACUGAGUUGUGCACAACACAAGAAUUUGGUGAUGUUGGUAGGCUACUGCAUAGAAAAGGAAUGGCUCCUUGUCUAUGAGUUUGCUUGUAAUGGUUCCUUAGACAAUCACUUGUAUGGAACAAAGACAAAUGAAGUAAUGACUUGGGCUAAAAGAAUGAAGGUUGCUAUUGGAGCUGCAAGAGGUUUAAGAUAUCUUCACGAAGAUUGUCGAGUGGGCUGCAUUAUUCAUGGUGACUUCAGACCAAAUAAUAUUCUUCUCACCCAUGAUUUUGAACCCUUGGUUGGAGAUUUUGGCCUAGCAAGAUGGAAAGUGGAUGGUCAAUCUGCUAGUGAGACAUGCAUCAUUGGUUCUUUUGGGUACCUAGCCCCGGAGUACAGACAUACUGGACAAUUAACAGAGAAAGCUGAUAUAUAUGCUUUUGGAAUUGUCUUAAUGGAACUCUUAAGUGGCCUAAACAACAUUGAUUCAUCAAGAAGUGAGGAAUACCGAAUAUUACCAGAAUGGGGUUCUCCAUGUAUUGAGAAGAAGAUGAUCAGAGAGAUGAUCAACCCUUGCUUGGAUGGUAACUUCAUGAACAAGGAGGUUGAGUGCAUGAUGUAUGCUGCCAGUCUGUGCAUCUCACCCGAUCCUGAAAGAAGGCCACCAAUAUCAAAGGUAUUGAAGAUAUUGGAAGGAGACAUGUCUGGUGAUAUAGCUUAUCAGUGUGCAGAAUGGAACACUAUUUUAGAACUUCAAAGGAAGAGUAAUUAUGCUGCAGAUGCAUCAUUGGAUCUAAUUCAAGACUCCAGCCCUUCCUAUCAAAUGACUCCAUCAGUGCAUCAUGUGAAGCUCUCUCCAUCUAUUCAUGAUGUGUAUGGAGGCAAUGGAUGCAACAGCAAUAUUGACAGAACCUAUUUGGAAGAUGGAGAUGGAUUCUUGAAUCAAACUCCGCGAAUACAAACCAACAGUCCUUUGCAUAUGAUUCAAUCAGAUGACCUUGAAAUUAUGAAGCUCUCACCAUCCAGUAUCAAUGCAUACAGAAGCAACAGUAGCAACAGCAAUAUCAAGCAAACAUCCUUUAUGAAAUGGAGAUAUUAAGCAAAAGUUGAGGCUUGAACCAAAUUGUUCAGCUUGUGGAUAACAAACAUAAAGCAUGUCUAAGAAAUUUAUGGAGCUUGCUGAUGAAAUAAGAAGACAAUGGAAUUCACAAAUCCAUCAAUUCCAUUCACUCAUUUUACAGGAAUCAACCUGUAAAGCUAUUAGAACAUGCCUCAACAAUGAUGUUGGGGCUCUGGUUCUCCAAAUUUUGGAAUUAAACAGUGUCAGAGUGUUGAAAAGUGUAUGAGCUUUAGAAAUUAGGCUAUGUCAGAGUUAUAUACAACCAUACCCCUCAUACUAUAAGGGAAAGACCAUGUCAACUUGAUAACCAUCUUUGACAUUAAAUUAAAAUUUUAAAUUUUAAAUGUUUGUUGUAAUUGGAUAUCAUUGUUGUACCUUGUUUGUUGUAACUCCUCACAUCAAGAACGUUUAAAUACAGAAAAUCUCCAUAC